AUAGAUGGUUUAGUUUUCGUAUGCAUGAGGUAAGACAAGUGGGGAAUGAGGUAUUAGCAACUAUUGUAAGCUCGAACGGUCGUGGCGAUGGUCUUCAUUUCAGAGCGACCAAUCGCGCUGGUGUAAUUACGUGUGUCGUGUUGUCUAUUUAUUUUUAUCAUGAAGUGCUCGAGCUCGUACCGUGUUUCUUUUUCAAACUCUUUCGUUAACUACUCGUACAAAGUGACCGGCAUUUUUUCGUGCUGAAAAAGUGAUCGUGUGUGGUGAUCAGUGAUGUGUUUUGGUGAUUUUUUGUGCGGUGAUGUUGAGUGAUCGCGAGUGAUCUGUUCGCGCUGAAGAGUAUAAUAUUUAUUGUCGAGUGAAUAAUUUAUCGAGUGAAAAAUGUGGUGUUGUGAUGGAAGUGACGACCCAGUGCGUUUUUAAAUUUCAUUAUCAAAGUAAAGUCGCCGCGCCAGUCGAUGAAAAAAAAAACACCAUCGUGUGUCGAGUGCACCGUAUAGAUGUAGAGUAAUGAGAUGAAGUGCGACCAUCGUCAAUUCAUAUCUUCUCCGCCGCCACCAUUGCCAUGCUAAUUACUAAAUAUACGUCGGUGCUGCUGCAAACGUCGUCGACGACCAAGAAGACCGUCAUAUCUCGUAUGCUCGUACAAGAAUCAAGUGGUGGCCCUUCAAUAAGUCAUAGCGGAGAUGCUUUUUUGGAACCAUACAUGCAAGGAUUGUCGAACGAUGUGAAUCAUACGAUAGACGAGGUAUUUGACGGUAGCUCGAAUGUGUUCAAGAAAAGAUUACACGAUGAUUAUAUGCCGCACGAUGACCGCAUGUCCAGCUUCUCGUCGCCGGUCGAUAGCGUAGAUACGCCGCUGGACGAUAAAGGAGAGCAUUUUAUUAUCGAAGUUAACGCCGGAAGUCAAGGCAGUCUGAAUCAAUUAAUUAGCGGAGACGAAUGCUCGGAGUCGAGUUCGCUGAAUAGUAGUUUGGUCGGUGACGAAGAAACGCCAUGCGAUAUUACCUUAGUUGAAAGGCUCAUUAGAAGUCACCCGAUCUGGUUUCUACCCGGAAUCCAACGUGCUGGCGCGUUUCAUCUGCUGCAAGGCAAGGAGGACGGAAAUUUCGUCGUUCGACAAUCGAGUCAAAAUUCGACUAUGGCAAUUUCAGUCCGAUUGCCAAGUGGAAAAGGUCCGUAUAUUGAGCAUUACCUGAUACAAGGCUCGGAAGACGGUCAGAUCGGUUUGGAAAGCUCAGAAAAUAAAUUUCCCAGCAUUCCGUUAUUGAUAGCUCAUUAUUGCCAAUGUUGUGAUGAAUUGCCAGUACAACUGACGUUGCCUAGGGCCAUUCGAGAUGCAAAAAAUAGACAGCAACUGACUUCGUUAGCGCUACUGGGUCAAGAAUUUUGGAGAUACCCGAUGGCGAAUCCUCGUCAAUCAUUAAAGAUGGAAGACGAAUCGCCAUCCUCGUUAUCGACUAUGGCAAUGCCAUUAAAGGAGAGCAACAACGCGCCGCAAAUGCAAAACACGUCGUUCUUGGGUAGCAGCAGCUCGAAUAGUCCGGCCAGUAGUCUGAGCAGUUUUGAAAGCAGGAAUAAUAACAAUAACAGCAGCUGCAGCGCAUUGGAACAGCCGAGUUUGGUAUUCGAUUUAGACUCGUCGAAUAUUCCGCCAGACGAAUCUUCAUCUCAAAAUAACAGUUUGAUGACAACGUUUAAAGGCUCUCCGCAGUUUUCGUCCAUACCGUAUAAUCAAAUCGGGAUACCAGUUACUCCUGAGAGUCCUUCUUCGUUACCAGUUGAAACUAGUCAUUCGCAAGUGUGUAUACGCAGACCGAGGCCAACGCCGCCCAAUACGUUGAAUCUAAUGUCGACGACUGCAUCGACCAUAAGUUGUCGACCAGAUACUACUAAUACAGCUGUUGUCCAAAGUCAACUCGUCACUCCGACGAGUAAAACGCCUCCUCCUCCGCCACCUCGAUGGACUAAGCCUUCGUUGACGAAUUGUACGAGUACUUCUCCGAAUUUCACUGUUACAACAACGUUGACGUUUACGGUCAAUAAAGACAAGUCGCCUUCGCCCGAUUUAAAAGUAUCGCCAUCACCUCCAAUCGAGAAACCAGCCGAAAGGCACAUCAGCACGCAAAUAGUCCACGCGACCUCGUUAACUGCCAGUUUACCAACGAUCGCUCCUACUCCUCUACCCCGAUCUCAUAUACCGCAUAUUACUUCGCCUACCUCACCCUCGCAAACAUCGCAAGUCUUGUCGCCGGUCUCCGAAGGGAAUACUAGACCGUUCAACAGACGUCACCGACGACACCAUAAAGAAUCGAACCACUAUCAAGAAUCCGAUAUCAUCGAACCGUCGUACCACCGAAGUACCCUGGCAGACAAAGUUAGCGAUUACGAAGAUUUAUGGGCUCAAGACAGCAGUCUGGUCAGCACGUUUAAACCCCAACCCCCGCCCAGAUCAUUGCCACCGUCUAUCGAAGAUGUGUCGUUGCCGUCGACCAAGAGUGUUUUCAGGAAGAUUUCCACUUCGCCUCUGAGCAACGAAAUGGCCCCCGAGAAGCCUGCUACGCCGUCCAGUACCCCGGAACCGAAUAAGAAUCGGUUCGGUUUGGUGCUGGAUGUGUCCGGCGGCGAAGUGGUACCUUUGACGCCGAAUUGCGAUGCCGUUACGCCGGUUUCGUCUUCCGUUGAACCGUCGAUGACCUCUACUCCUGAGGCCGCCACACCAGCUGAACCACCCAAGCUGGGCAGUCCGUUCUACGCGGAACCGGCGGACGCCAUCAAACAAGCGGCCGCUGCUCUCAAAAGACGAACAAAACCACCGGUAUUCACUCCUCAGCCGUCGAUUCGUAACAGGCACUCGGAGCCUUCAUCGCUACAUCAAUGGCCACCAAUCGUCCUCUCGGGAGGAGGAAAUCUCGAACGAAUCGAUUCCAAAGAAGAACUCAUCACCAACGGUUCGUUCUCAUCUUCGGUCGACAAUCUGGUAGCUUUAAGGAAACCCAGAUACAGCAAUGGAUCUACAGUCAGCGCAUCUAAUCCGUUUUCCAAAAACGUGAAACCGGUCGAGCCGCCCAAAAUUGGCUUGAAUAAGAACAAAGGAGGUGAUUGGGCUUUGGAUUCGAGCUGGGAGUUUUUCGCUAAAGAAGGCCAUGAUGACGAAGAUGCGAAAUCUGAUAAAAAUCUCACCGUAAGCAGUACCUCGGAACGAGGGGAUGAAAUGUCACCGGAACCGGAAAAUACGUCGAGUAAUCGCAGUUUAACGGUCCAGGAAAUGAUAGCUCAAAAAUUACCAAAGUUACGCCUUUCUCCGGUAUUCGAUCGAGAUAAAAAUACUUCCAGUAGGUUGAACUCUUCUUUGGAUACGUCCAAUAACAGUAACGGUAACGAUAGUAAUAAUAAUUCCGAUAAAGUCUACCAUAAUGGACUCUCCGUUCUGUCUCAAGUCAGCGAUACGAGCGAUACACAGACUGAAUUCUCGGAGCCUUGGGAUAGCUCUCAAUGGGAUUAUUUAUUCACUAAAGUUACCCAAGCACCUCAAGAAGAAUCUACAAAUAACCAGAGCCGAUGUAGAAGUUUUAAGGAAAGAUUGGAUCCGCUUUUGUCUCCGCCACGACUGAAGGCUUUGGCUAGGACUAGAGUGACUGCUACCACUCCUGGAGCUGCUGUUCGUAACUAUGCUCUGAGAUUGGCCGCGGAUAAGGAUACAGUUUUUGCUCAAAAUAUCGAUAACUUCAUCUCGUGCACAAAAGAAUCCAAAGAAACUAAACCUCUCGUUGUGAUGAGAAAUAUGAGGCAAUUCAUGUCUGGAAUGAAGAACUACCUGGUAACGCAUGGUGAACGUGAAUUUAUCAAGGAAGUCGAACGUGAAAGGAGUAAGCUCAAGUCAACGGAAUUUUUAAAUUUGGACGCAAUUCUGGAAGGAGUUAUGCAUAAGUUAGUGAUUUGCCCAUUGAAAGAACACCUGUUGACGUUAUUCGUUCAAGAGUAUUCUGCCAGCGGAGCUAUUCAGUUAUUGGGCGAUAAUAUUGUACACGCUAGAACAAAACCACCUCACGAAUUAGGAAUCAAAGAAAGACUAAUAUUGCCAUCUGAAGAAGAUAUAGAAAGGAUAUACAAUCUAUUCACGCAAAUGCAAUCCGCAGACUCGCCUUUAGAAAAGUUAGAACUUCUGUUAAGUGCUAUCGCCAUAAUUUUCCAUUCUGUUAAAGUAUCGAAUAGUGGUCCCGAAGGAGUAUUCUUAGGUGCCGAUGAUUUUCUUCCUAUAUUCGUCUGGGUAUUAGUUCGAACCGGUAUGGUUGCUGCUGAAAUCGAAGCCGAAUACAUGUGGGGAUUGUUACAUCCUUCGUUACUAUCCGGCGAAGGUGGAUAUUACCUUACGACUUUAUCCAGUGCUGUGAACGUUUUAAAGAAUUUCAGACCAGUUAAUGAAAAUAGUGCUAUAUCGAGACUUUCGUGGUGCCACGAGCAAUUAUCCGAAUUCCGUUCAAUUUUUAAAGUCGUCGUUCCUGAUGAAAUGAAUGGAUCUUUGUUAACGAAAACUCUUCCAGUUAGACCGAACUCCACUACUAAAGAUAUAUGUAAAAUUAUAGCCCACAAGUUGAGGAUCACCAAUCCGCAAGAUUAUUCGCUGUUUAAAUUAGUCGAAGGAGAAGAAACGCCAAUGAAUGAUUCAGAUUGCCCACAAGAUAUGAAAAUCGAACUUGCCAAAGCUGGUAAACAUUGUAUUUUUGCCUAUAAACGCCUGGACGCGAAAAUCGCCUGGCCUACUACGACUACAUCGCAAACAGUCAAAUUGUGAUGAAGAUUUUCCAACAAAAAAUUAAAAAAAAAAGUUGUGAUUUAAUUCUGUGAAUUGAUUUGCGUAAUAUGUGUGUGAAACAUGUCAACUUAUAAAUUAUACCUAGACCUACUAUAAAUUAUAGUACAUCAGUAAGUAAGUACAAAAAAUUACUAAGAUUUUUAUUUCAUUUUUUUACCUCAUCGUUUUAAAAAUAAAAUUUUGACUUGAAAAAAUAAAAUUAUGUUUUUUGAACGGUACCCAAAUUUCUUUCUUUUAAAAAUAAGUUAACUUUUUUCUGAAAAAAAAAAUACCCGUAAUUUUGAAUUUUUAUUUUCGUUUUCGUUUUCCCCCGUGAAUAAAAUAAGACUUAAGGCUUUUAGAUCGCUUAGUUUUAUUUGUUUUCUUUCUUUCGUUCUACAUUUUGUUUUUCUUAAAAAUUCGAGUUUAUCGUCUUCGAACGAUGAGAUGAUAAUUUUUAUUAAUUUUAUACUUCUUUUAAUUCACGUAUUAUUACGAUUAAUUUAUUGGACUUUUUUAUUUAUUGAACUAACGACUGUUUUAAAUUAUUUGUUGUGUUUUUUUACGCGUGUUUAUUUGUAUGUGUAGUGUCGCAUUUAUUAUAUUUUUUUCUUCCCAAUUUACCAAUAUUUCUUUUCUCCUUCUUUCUUUCUUUUUUUUCUUUUUUUUUCGAGUAAGAAAUAAUAAUUUGUAAAUGACGAUUUGAAGUAGAUUUUUAACAAAAACCUUGCUCGAUGUUAUUUAUAUACAAAGUAAGGUUAAAAAUUAAGUAAGUAAUGUAAAUGUGUACAUGAUUUUUUGACGGGUUUUCGCUAUUUUUUUCCUCUUUUUUUUAUUGUACUUACCGCAAAGAGAUAACUUAAUACUAGUCAGUUUUUUAUGCUUAUUUGAUUAGCCUAUUUUUAAUAAUUUCCAUUCAGACUGUAUAAUUAUAUUGGAAAAAAUUCACUAUUUUUUUCCUAUGAUAAGUUUUUUUUUUUGAAAAAAUUAAUGUUGCGGUAUCGAGAAAAUUACAACGUCAUGAAGAUCAAAUUUCUUCGACUUUUAUGACGUAUGUGUUUUGUUUUUUUUUCUCUUUUUUUUUUUGUUUUUUUUUCUACAUUUCAAAGUAUUAUAUUCUCGAGUAGAGUGUAAGAGUUUUAAAAAUUAUGUACUAUUUUCUUUUUAUCAAUAAAAUUAAUUCAUUUCGAA